AAAUGGAUUUCAAAACUGCAGAGCUUUCUGCUAGGAACACAGAAGGCCUUUCAGCUAGCCCUGUUCUUGAGUGGUGGUUAUUGCACAUGAUUCCAAGGAGAUGACUUUUUCUAGUACAAUGUACUUCCCUGGCUUGUGUCUCCUCGACUUCUCCCUGAACAAUAGGAGGGAGCACACUUGAGCAGCAUUUUUCAGACACAGAGGCUGAUGAUGUUCAUUCAGGAGUUUUCAGCAAUGGAGAUGGAAAGUUGGACAUCUGAACUCUUCACAAAGUACUAAGCACCUACAAAAAGCAAGCUUUUUAUAAAGCUUCAGGUUGUUUCUGUCCCCUACUGUUGGUCGUUUGCUGUUUCCUUCCCCUACUGAUAAGGGUUCUGCUGAGAACAAGAACGUGAUGACACUGCCCUGAAAGCACYGAGUUUGAGGAUGGUGACAUUCCUGUGAGAGAGACGUGAGGGAGAAGAGCACACCAUGGGUGCCAACACCUCUAGCAAGUCACUAGCCCUCAAUGAAAAUGAAGAGGUCACCUUUGACCAUUUUGAAAUUCUGCGAGCCAUUGGGAAAGGCAGCUUUGGAAAAGUCUGUGUCGUACAGAAGAAUGACACCAAGAAAAUGUACGCCAUGAAAUACAUGAAUAAACAAAAGUGUUUGGAACGUAACGAAGUGAGAAAUGUUUUCAAGGAGCUUCAGAUUAUGCAGGGCCUGGAACACCCCUUCUUAGUUAAUUUAUGGUACUCGUUCCAAGAUGAAGAAGAUAUGUUCAUGGUUGUGGAUCUGCUSCUUGGAGGGGACCUACGUUACCAUCUCCAGCAAAAUGUGCGAUUCCAAGAAGGCACCGUGAAGCUCUUCAUCUGUGAGCUGGUGUUGGCUCUCGACUACCUCCAGAGCAGACACAUCAUCCACAGGGAUAUCAAGCCUGACAACAUUUUGCUGGACGAGCGCGGACAUGUGCAUAUCACUGAUUUCAACAUCGCCACAAUGCUGACAAAAGAAAUACAAGUCACCACAAUUGCUGGCACUAAACCAUAUAUGGCACCUGAAAUGUUUAACUCCACAAAACCUAUUGGCUAUUCCUUCGCUGUGGACUGGUGGUCCUUAGGAAUCACUGCCUACGAGCUGCUAAGAACCCGGAGGCCCUACCACAUUCGCUCCAACACCUCGACAAAUGAAAUUGCUCAUGUAUUCAGGACAGCUACAGUAAUGUACCCAGCUGCUUGGUCCAACGAAAUGGUGUCACUGAUCAAAAAGUUGCUUGAGCCAAAUCCUGAGAAGCGUUUUUCUCAGCUGAAAGAUAUUCAGGACUUUCCAUACCUGUCAGAUGUGAACUGGGAUGCUGUUCUUCAAAAAAGGAUAAUGCCGGAAUUCAUUCCCACAAAGGGCAGACUGAACUGUGACCCAACCUUUGAACUUGAAGAAAUGAUCCUAGAAUCCAAACCUCUUCAUAAGAAAAAAAAGCGCCUGGCUAAAAAGGAGAAAGAUACCAGCAAAAGCAGUUCCUCACAGGCCUGCCAUCUUCAAAAGCACCUGGAGAUACUGCAGAGAGACUUCAUCAUCUUCAACAGAGAGAAGGUGAGACACGACGACAUCCAGGAGAGCGCGACGACRGUGACGGGCAGCGCCGCGCACAACGAGGACACCCAGAACAACAACGCCUGAGCUGGACACGGGCCGCACUGCACGAGCUGCUGCCCGC